CGCGUGCCUCUCCAUUCUUUCCACCUCUGACGUGAACCACCACUGUACAGCGACCAUGCCGACCUCAAUGCCAUGUCCCUCCAUAAGAAUACCCAUGGAGCUUCUGACGCCCACUGCCUUUUCGCAGUUUGGCACUGUGAUUGAAAACCCCGCAACUUCUCCCAGCUCCAGACUCGCGAUACCGGACCGUGUGCCUCCGCCUGAACAUGUCCAGGCCAACCAGGGAUUCGCAACAAAGUACCUGGACGUCACACAUAUGUCGAACCUUUAUAACCUAGCGCCCUCGAAGAAGCCUGCAAAAGCAGUGAUGAACAUGUUUGCAUGCUUACCGCGGAAUCUAAGAAACAAUGAACCGAGCGAGAGCAUGCCCAGCUCUUGGGGCGAUUUGGACUUGGAAGAAGACGAAGACAGCAACGGGAACUACGACAAGCAGCUUCUGGACGUAAAGAUCCUGGAACGCCACCCUUUCACUACUCAAACGUUCAUCCCAAUGGGUCUUUCAGCGCAAGACAAGCACACUCAGUACCUGGUCAUUGUUGCGCCAACGCUGCCCGCCAGCGCCUCGAAACGCCACAUCGGUCGCCCGCCGCCAUAUCCCACACCCAUGGUGGAAAGGAAGAAAAGCUUUAGAGACAUCUUCGCAAGAGCACGGCCUGCGCCCUAUUCGACUGAAUCCAUACCGCCUUCACCUCAAUUUGCUAAGCUGCACCCAUCUGCGCGACCAAAGGGACCUGGACUCCCAGAUUUGAAGAACCUGCGUGCGUUCGUAGCUAGAGGUGACCAGGCUGUGACUUACGGUGCUGGGACCUGGCACGCACCCAUGAUUGUGAUUGGCGAUCGGCCAAUCGACUUUGUUGUUGUGCAGUUUGCGAAUGAGGUGGGGAUGGAAGACUGUCAGGAGGUGGAACUGAAGACUGGCAAGGGCGCACAAGAGGGCGUUGUCGUUAUGGUUGACACAGAUGGGGCUGGAAAAGUGCAGGUCAAGGCCGGUGUUGGAUCGAUAAAGGCAAAGCUGUAAGACUAAAUGAAUAUGUGAUGUUUGCGACUUUCUCGAACGCGUCGCACGCUUGCCAGGACCGCCUCACGCAAUGCCUACGGU